AUGUCAAAUUCUGACCAGCGACGCGAUCGCGGCCGGCCGGUUGGCCUUCCUACGCAAAAGCGUAAGAGUGAGGAUGAGUUAUCGAAUAAUCCACAUACUAAACGCUCCCGAACUCGAAUGGAGAAUAUGCUACCAAAUGACCAACGGGUCGAGAAGGCAAAGAAUGCUUUACGCAAGCAAAAGAUGCGUAAACUGAAGAAUCUACGGGAUUCUGAUGAAUACAAGCAAACGAGUCCAGCAGUCCAGAAAUCUAUGGAAAUCCAGCUGGAAGAUUCGAUUGACCAAGAAUAUAUGGCAAAUGGGAAGCAUCCAGAUGUAAUUGCCGAGCAGCUUGGGCACCAAGUAUCCGACAGACCCGUUUUUGAAAAUCCUGAGGAUGGAUGGGAGGAUAUUCCAGAGAACCAGCUGAGUGAGUAUGAUCUAAUCAUGCUUGCAGCCCACACAGCUGCUGCAAAUGGAGAGACUUUGGAAUUGGAUGUACCAGAAGUUGGCCCUACUGGUCAUGGGAAUGCAAUCCAAGAUUUUCUAGCAGCAACAGAGGCAUCAUAUACCAAGGCUGCAUACCUUGAUAUCUUGACAAAGGUUAUUAAAUCUCUGUCUACUCUCUGGCAAAAAAUUUCUCUUCUACAGACUCAUCCUACUGGAUGUAUGAAAAUCUGGAAGGAAAUCCAGGCUCUAGACCCUAGGAAUGCUUGGCCUGGCUUCUAUUACAAGCUACACAUCGGAGCUACCAGUAAGUACUAG